GAGCGCGCGGCAAAUUGGGCGGGAAGAGGCAAAAAAGGAUUAGGGUGCGCGCCGUGGCGAUUCCAGGUCCCGCCGUUGCGCGAGGGAAAGGCGGGACGCGCGGGUCGGUACUCGGCCCGGACGAACGCCCCCGUUUCCACAGCCCACAUUUGCGUCUCCCGCCCUCCCCGGCGCCCCCACCCCGCCCGGGCUACGGAACACGCUGAGCGGCGGUUAUGGUGGAUCCACAAACAGUUCCUCUGAUUACCGCUUUCUGAUUUCAGUCGUCAUAAAUAGUAUACAUUUUUCCUCUCUUAUUUUCAGAGUACCAUCUCAGAAUUCUGUGAUUACCUUAAAGUCAUCCUCAACAAAUAAAACAGACUUUAUUUUUUAGAUGAAGGUAAUAGACACAUGGAGUAGAUUUAACUAUUUGUUAGUGCUUAUAAGUCUCAGCUAGGGGGUGAGGUUUUCAGGCUGUUACCCUGAACUAUGCCGAAAGUAGUGUCUCGGUCGGUAGUCUGCUCCGACACCAGGGAUCGGGAGGAAUAUGACGAUGGUGAGAAGCCCCUCCAUGUGUAUUACUGUUUGUGCGGCCAGAUGGUCCUGGUGCUGGACUGUCAGUUAGAGAAAUUGCCCAUGAGGCCCCGGGACCGGUCCCGUGUAAUUGAUGCUGCCAAACACGCCCACAAGUUUUGUAACACAGAAGAUGAGGAAACCAUGUAUCUUCGGAGGCCGGAUGGCAUUGAACGACAGUAUAGGAAGAAGUGUGCGAAGUGUGGACUGCCGCUCUUCUACCAGUCCCAGCCGAAGAAUGCUCCUGUGACCUUCAUUGUGGAUGGCGCAGUAGUCAAGUUUGGCCAGGGUUUUGGGAAAACGACUAUAUAUACGCAGAAACAAGAGCCCCCUAAGAAGGUGAUGAUGACCAAACGGACUAAAGACAUGGGCAAGUUCAGCUCUGUCACUGUGUCCACCAUUGAUGAAGAAGAAGAGGAGAUUGAGGCUAGAGAAGUUGCCGACUCAUAUGCACAGAAUGCCAAGGUGAUCGAAAAACAGCUGGAGCGCAAAGGCAUGAGCAAGAGGCGACUGCAAGAGCUGGCUGAACUCGAAGCCAAGAAAGCAAAAAUGAAGGGGACCUUGAUUGACAACCAGUUCAAAUGACCACGACCUUUCUCUGAGCACAGACUGGAGGCAAGCAUUUAGAUAAGGAAGAAAAGUAACUUCUUCAUUAUAUGGACUGAUUCUUGUAUAUGUCCCAGCUGAAGGCUUUACGUUGCUUCUCAUAGAUUCUCCUACAUUCAGUGAGAUCUUUAACUGAGUCCAUUUGACCUGCUUCCCGGGAAAUGGAUUUUUUAAAAUCUUUUCUGUACUAUUUUUUGUCCAUUUGAUGUAAACUUCACCUACAUAGAAACUAUGAAUAGAUCAAUGCUUGGGUGUCUCUGGUUUCUAAAAUGGUUGUUUUUAUUCCUUCUUCAAAGUUAAUAAAAUGUUUAAAGAUUUUUUGAAAAAAA